AUGGCGAACAUCCUCUUACCACCACCGAUCAGAGUUCCAGAACCAGAGCUCGUAUUUACAUACAUGGAUGCGAUAUGUGAGAAAUGUCAUGCGUCAAUGUUAUACAUAACACCGGAACCGUUACCAGAAGCGAAUUUCGACACGGGUAUAGUCAACGGAAACAAACCCAUGAUUAUUGGAUCGUGCGGACACGUAUAUCACGCUGCUUGCCUCUUGGACCGCUUCUGUGAAACUCGAAAAUUCGACGACGAGAAUGAAAUAUGGGGAAGAUGUUCACUACCAUCCUGCACGACUCCCUUUUUACUCGAAAACAUUCGAACACUCGAACUAUCGACAAUCGUCAGGCGAUUCGAGGAACCCGCGAAUAUGAGAGUAAGUAGGUUGGAGAUGAAUCAGCAACUGCAGACAGCGUUACGUACUACCGAAAUCACCAAGAAUCGAAUCGAAACUCUUCAUCAACAAUUAAUUCAGACGGAAGCAAACUGUAAGUGUAAAGUUGAAACAAUGGAUCAACAAUUAAAGUGGUACAGGGAGCAAUUUAGGAUCACGAACGAGGAGUUACGGAGAUACCGGCAAUCUGGCAGAACUCCAGCCGACCUGUUAAGACUGGAAAACAUCGAUGUCGACACAACUGUAUCAACUUCAAUGGCCCAACCCGCAGCUACGUACUCAUCAUCGAUUAAUUCAGUGAUUACAAAUGUAACCACUACUCCAUCGGUACAAACUCCUUCAUUCGUCAACUUCUCAUUCACAAACAUUCCGACCACCAACACUGCAUCAUCAUCGACUCCGAUCUGUUCGACGUUAUCAGUCAACCGGCCACCUGGUUUACGAGCAUUAACCGUAGCACCACCGGCAAACCAUUCGACGCAAUUCCAACCGCAAUCGACCGCCGAAAUGAAUCGAUUCUGGAAUCCGCAAGCUCCAUCCGAUCGUUUAAGAUCAUACUUUCGAUCAUCAAAUGGUAAUACGAAAUUUCUAUUUAACGCAAAACAACAAGUACGCAAUCGCACACCGACACCACCAGCUCCGACACCAAACGAACCGAAGGUAGACGCAAGUGUAGCUGCGACAACUGUCGCAACUACCAACGUAACACCUUCAGUUUCGACAAAUAAAACCACAUCAACGACUAAAACGACAUCGAUCGCUACGUCAAAAACUGCGACUAAAACGACGAUGUCGUCUACAUCAUCUCCGUCCACGUCAAAGAAGACUGUUGCGACAUAUAGUAAAUCAUCGGCGGCGAAAUCGACUUCCACCACUACAACGUCGGUACACUCAUCUCCGAAGAUGUCACCUGCAACGGUAAAGAAACAAAAUCUGAAAAGUACCAACGAUACUAAGUUCGAUAAACCUAAAGCGUCAAGUUCGCCAAAACCCGAUCGAUCGAGGUCUACAGUAAGUAACGAAAAAUCAAAAGCAUCGUCGUCCACGAAAUCGAACUCGAAUACAUAUGCUACAGCUACUAAAAACAGCGGUGAUUUCAAACCAAAAAGCUCCAACAGCCGUAGUAUAAAUGAACACCGUACGCACUCAAGCCGCAACGAAAACUCGAAAGGCGAUUACCGUUCCAGUUCUUCAAACCGCAACCGUUCCAGAGAAAAGACCUCAGCGGAAUACCUUGAAGAAAUCGAUAGAAUUUUCCAAAAUCGUAAAUCGAACUCACACGAUCGCAGAGAUUCAUCAAAAGAAAAUCGCGAAUAUCGAGAUGACCGAUCAAGAAAUGAAAGACGCUCAACCGACCGCAGAAAGGCAGACGGUACAUAUGUGCCGAAAACCUCUUCUACGCCUAAAGAAACAUACAGCAGGCAAGCAAACGAUUAUCGCCGCGAUUCACCUUUGGACGGACAGUACCCGGAAAAUCGCCACCCGGGGUAUGAUCAACGGCGGACUAACUAUGACACGUAUCAGUCAAGCUACGAUAACCGUUAUAUUGCGAAUCGAUCAAGAAUGACCAAUGAACAAUCUCGAAAUUCUCAAGCGCCGUCAAUUAGACAAUCGACGCCUCAACGAACUUUAAACAGCACCGCGUCUUCAGGUACACCAUCGCCGAAUAAACAGGUCAGAGUUCGCGGUACUCACGCGAAUGUUCAAAAAUACCGAAAUCGAUAUUUAAUUCGUUUCGGUGCCGAAUCAGUUGAAUUGGCACCUUGGCAUCCUAACAAUUCUUACCCACUCCAAUUCACAGCAAUUGCUCGCGAAAUUGGAGUGGAGAAAUUCGCCGUAAGCAUCGCAGCCCAUAACAUGCCAAUCGUCGGAGACGGGCAUGCCGUAGGUCUGACCCGAUUUAUUAUUCGCAAAGAGACAUAUGCUGAUGACAUCGACACCGAAACAUUACGAUACAAUAUGUCGAUCAUUGAUCUAAUUACAAUAUUCGAGAAGUUCAAGAAAGCUCCAAAACGACUAAUGGUUUCGAUAGGAAACUUCGACGUAUUUAUGAGAAUGCCAAUUGACAUUUUCAGAAAGCAUUUUACUACUUUCCUGAACACGGUGAUGUCAUACGGUGCCGAAGAAAUUUUAUUCUUGCCUCUAAUAAAAUACCCAGAACAGGAUGCUCAUUUUUUCGAUGAAAUUACAGAUGUAAUUUCAGCCAAUUGGGAUGGUUUAUCGAAUGGUACGAUGAAAGUAAAAGUAAUUCCACCAUUUCCGAAGAACACGCCCCAAUUGGAGCGUGUAAGGGUGAGCGUGAUGGGUCCCUUUUACGCCGAAGAGUACUACGAGCAACAAGCGCAAUUCAUCCGUGAAAACUACGUACCUGUACCCAUAAAUAUGGCGAAGAAACACGGUCUAGUCCAACCGCCGUACGUAAAUAUUCCGCCGUCAACUGCCUCCCAUUUUGGAAUUCUACCCGUCGAAAAUUCUGAAAGCUCCAUCGACCAGAACCUACAAGCUAAAAUAGAUGCUCGCGUUGAAAGUUUGUUCUCAAAUGAAUCUACAACCACCGAAGCGAAGCCUGUCGAGGAGCAAAAACUGAGCUCUAGCCAACCUACACUUACUAAUGAACCGAUUUCGACGAUCUCUACAAAUGUAGAGUCCAUGAUAACUUCUCCGAUCCAAUCCGAACACGUGUCAGAUGUGGAAAUGGAAGAAAAAGCUUAUUUCGAAUCAGGUGAUUUGAACAUGGAAACCGAAUACAUAAAUCCGCUAGAUUUAUCCGAUGGCUCUCUACCUCAUGAUAUUCACCGUGAAGGAGAGUUAGAACGAAUGAAACUAAUUAACGAAAACCAAAACGUAAUCAAUGCUGAGAUUUCAUCUGAUACCUCUAGCAACAAUGAAGAAAACCUUGAAAAUUCGAGGAAACAAUUUAACCACGAUAUGCGUAACCGGUUACAUAAGUCUUAUCUCGAACAUUUGACCAGUACUCAACAAGAUAUUGAGAAUACGCGUAAAAUAAUUACGAGAGUGACCGAAUACACCGAAGCAGUUAAUGCGAACUCGAACAAAGUUGCCCAAGCUAUUGAGGAAUUGCAAAACGCAAAUUCAUGUGACGCUCUCAAUCUCACCUUAACCAACGCUUCGUCGAAAAAUUCCUCAAGGAGUUCGUCAAAAUCUCGUUCUGAACGCAACGCUGACGAAACAUCUGUUUCGUCAAAUCAAGACUUCAAGGCUCCCGAUUCGGUUAAUCCGAAAAAAUCGGUUAAAAAAUCGAAAAAGAGCAAAAAAUCUCCAGUUCGGUCAUCUCCGCGUCUAUCCCAUAAAAAGGAGAAACUCACGCUCGAAGAAGAAGCUCUCCAAAUCGCUGCCAAUCGCACCGCUCGAUUACCUGGGUUUGCUGCACUGUCCGAUACAUCUGUCUCGGACGAUCUAAACUUAUUCUCAACAACGGUGGAUCUAACAGCUCCAGCGACAGUUUCGUACGCAUCAGCAUCUACAGAUGAAGAAUCUUCUCUUACGGACGAUAGAAAUUUGUCGCUAAAAGCUAUACAAGAAAGCUCAACGGUCCCAGACACUGACACAAACUCCAUCUCACAACCGGAAGAGCUAUCGUCGUCAGAAAUUUUACAGCCGCCGAUUAUUCCGGCACCGACUGAAACUUUAUCGCCAAUAAAGGAAACCGUAACCGCAGAACAGGGUAAAAAGAAGAAAUCCUUUUUUAAAGGCUGGUUAAUGUAAAAUAAACGUAUAUAGAAGCGGCUCGACUUGCGCCAUCGCCGAUACAUAAAAUUCGAAUACACGUAACGACUACCAUCACAACGCAAGCUGAUGGGAAAGUAGCUGAAAAUUACCAUCGAAAACUCUACAUCAACCAUAUCUUCUUACGCCUGGACAAAAAUCUGUAAAUAUUACCAAGGGUUAUUCCCAAAAAGUUGUAAAUAUUUUGAACUCAUUUCAUUGUUACGAAAUGUUAAAUUUUUUUUAUAUAUAAUUUUUUUUUCUCUCAACGAAAUUUCUUAGAAUUUUUUGUUUUUAUUUUUCACGAAACAUUUUCUACAUCUCUAUGUAAAUAAUCAAAACCAUUUUGUUUUCAUAACUAUAUAAUUUUUUUUUCCUUUCGUGACUAGAAUUAAUAUUCUUUAUCAGUUUUUGACUACUCAUAUAUACAAUUUUUUUUUCUUUUCUAUGUUUGAUAUUUUUGUUACGAGAAGUUUUUUACCCUUUUUACCUAUUAUUUUUCCUUCUCGCAAGACCAUUUUUUUUUACUUUAUAUAUUCUAUACGAUAAUUUUCUUUCGUUUAUCAUAAACCAAAUUGCUAUCGCACUGGAAGAUUCAUU